AUGCCUGAAAUACCCGAACACGACUAUGACUAUGAAUCACUUCCGGAUACCUCUUCUCUUAGCGUAAACUUAAUAGCGGGAGCACUGGCUGGAAUAGGAGAGCAUACAAUAAUGUAUCCAGCUGACAGCAUAAAGACACGCAUGCAAAUACUCAAUCCAACACCGCAAGCUGUCUACACCGGUGUAGGAAACGCAAUAACUCGCAUUUCUACAACUGAAGGCAUCAGAACAUUAUGGAGAGGAGUAAAUUCAGUCAUCCUGGGAGCAGGCCCCUCUCAUGCUCUGUAUUUCGGAACGUACGAGUUUUGCAAAGAUUUUUUCGGGGGUAAUAAGCCAGAUGGACAUCACCCGAUCGCUACAGCUGCAGCUGGAGCAUGUGCAACCAUAGCAAGUGAUGCAUUGAUGAAUCCAUUUGAUGUAAUCAAACAACGAAUGCAGAUACACGGCUCAAUCCACAGAAACGUAAUAGAGUGUGCACGCACAGUCUACCUUCGUGAAGGAUUAAUUGCCUUUUACAUAUCAUAUCCUACUACUCUCACAAUGACAAUCCCAUUCCAAGCAGUCCAAUUUUCAUCCUACGAGUAUUUCCGAAAAGUGCUAAAUCCCUGCGGAGACUAUGAUCCCAAAACUCAUGUGAUGGCAGGUGGAUUGGCAGGGGCUAUUGCAGCAGCUGCCACCACUCCACUCGACGUUGCCAAGACUUUAUUACAGACAAGAGGAACGUCCAGUGACAUGCGAGUGAGAAAUUGCAGUGGACUUUUUGAUGCAUUUAGAAUUAUAAAUGAGAUAUAUGGUCUAAAAGGAUUUAUAAGAGGAAUAAGACCAAGAGUAUUGUCACAUAUGCCAAGCACUGCUAUAUGCUGGAGCGUCUAUGAAUACUUCAAAUGGCAACUCUACGAGUUGAGGGCUCGAAGCGAAACUGGUUAUCGAUUGAAUAUUGCGACUGAGGGCAGACUCGGUCAAUUAAGCGGAAAAAUAAUAACCAGAUUCGAAGGAGGAUUUGCUACGACAUUGCUUGAUGGCAGCAGCAUUUCUCAGUAG